AAAUCCAGCCCUGGACUCUUCUUCCUUCCAGGGUCACUUCCCAAGCCCUCUCUCAGUGCCUGGCCCAGCUCAGUGGUACCUGCCAAGAGUAACGUGACACUGCGAUGCUGGACUCCUACCAAGGGUGUAAACUUUGCUCUCAGAAAGGGAGGAACUCCUUUGGAGUCCUUGCAAUCACCCGAUUCUGUAGAGGGCCUGGGUGAAUUUCACCUCACUGAUCUAGAAACCAGUAACACUGGAGAGUACACCUGUGAAUACUACAGAACAGGGAGCCCCCACAUAAGUGCACAGCCCAGUGAUGUACUUCUACUGCUGGUGACAGGAGAUUUUCCUAAACCUUCCCUCCAAACUCACCAAAGGGGUAAGGUGACCACAGGAGAAAAGGUGACCCUGAGGUGCCAGAAGCCAGGCAAUAUUGUUUGGCUUGUAAUGUUUGCUCUACUGAAGGCAGGAAGUUCAAUGCCCAUCCAGCUCAGGGGUCCAGCAUGGAAGGAGAUAGACUUCUCUCUACAGAAUGUGACAGUCAACAACACUGGGAACUACAGCUGUGUGUACUACUGGACAAGGGAUCCUUUCUGGGCCUCACAGCCCAGUGAUCACCUCACGAUCUGGGUGACAGAUGCCACAUCAAGAGACUACACCAUGGGGAACCUCAUCCGACUGGGUCUGGCUGCCAUAAUUAUGGUUAUUAUGGGGGCUCUCCUGGUUGAAGCCUGGUGUAGCCAGAAGGAGUCUCCACGUGGAUCCAGGUAAAACAACUGAGCACUUGUCUUUUUUAUGGGCUAUUGUAGUGAUGGGGUUCUUUAAACAUCAGAGUUUACCUCGGGGACUUCUUAUGUUUCUCAAAAUGGGCACAAAUGGCAUUUUAGGUGGGAUAUUUCUUUCCCGUAUGGGACUGUCCUGUUCAUUGUGGGAACAUUUAGCAUCACUUUAUCUUUCCCAUUAAACAGGAUUUGAAGCCCCAAUCAUUGUUUAACAAGAAAAAAAGGAAAUACUGUCAU